AUGGCAGAACUUGGAUACCGAUAUUCCAACAGCAAGUUGAAGCAGCUGGCAGGAGCUAUGGCUUAUGAAAUGAAAGCCACACCUAGAAAAUUAGAAAGGUCGAGAGCAAAGUCUUCUACACCAGAGAAGGUGACCGGUUAUUUCAAGAAGCUUGAGGAGGUUCUCAAACAACACAACUUAUUGGAAAAACCACAACACAUCUACAACCUUGAUGAGAACGGCUUGCAGACAGACCACCGUCCAUAUAAUGUUGUUGCUAAUUCAAAUUCUAAGUGUCAGGCCAUCACUUCACCGAGAAGCUCUACUACAACUCUAAUUGGAUGUGUGAACGCCCUUCGUCAGUUGCUACCUCCUUUCUUUGUUUUCAAGGGGAAACGAUUUAACCCAGAUCUGAUGAAAGGCAGCUCUGUUGGCGCUAAGGGGGUCAUGUCAGACUCUGGUUGGUCCAAUGCUGCUAUAUUCCAGCAAUAUUUGGAAGAGCAUUUUCUGCCAAAUGCCAGACCUUGCCCAGAAGACAAACAGCCAAUCAUUCUUAUCUAUGACGAACACAGUUCGCAUAAAUCCCCAAAACUUAUUAAUUGGGCUAGGGAAAGAGGACUGAUACUGUUUGUAUUGCCAGCUCGUAUCUCGCACCUGCUACAACCACUGGAUGUUGCCGUAUUUGGGUCCUCCAAGAAUAAUUAUUAUUCAGAAUGUUCCAGUUUCAUGAGCAGGUGUAUCGGUCAGAUUAUCACAAGGUAUGAGCUUUGCAGUAUUGCUUGUAAAGCUUACACCCGAGCUAUGUCACCGUCGAACAUCCAGUCAGCUUUCCGGAAGACAGGCAUAGUCCCUAUAGACCCGACCGUCGUAUCUUUGGAGAAGUAA